AUGUUCUGUAGAUUUGUUCUCGCGGGGGUAAUCCUUCAGUUUGUAUGGACGGCACAGAUAGCAGAAAAAGCUGGAACGGCUACCUGUGCAGAUCAAACUACCAAUUGUGCCGAUGAGGCAUGCAACGUUCUGAUUGAUGGUAAAUUGUAUUGCUCUCAAUGCAAGGCAGAUCCCGCUGAUCGCGCUCCUGUCAACGGGGUAUGCACAGAUGUGUCGUCUGAUACAGCAGUAUGUAAGACACACGCAGGCGGAAAAUGUACAGGAUGUAACGGCAACUCCUUCAUGUACAAGGGCGGGUGCUAUGAACGAGCAAAACCCCCUGGCAAUGCCAUGUGUCAAGCGGCAGAUGCUGGUAAGUGCACAGAGGCUGUCGCUGGAAAUAAGUACUUUGUCCCGCCGGCAGAUACAGACGACGCCCACGACUCUGUUGUUUCGUGCGGAGACGCGACGGGCGUAACACUUACUGGCGAUAAGAUAUACACGGGGGUGGCUGGGUGCGCUACCUGUGAGAAACCAGAGCAACUAUCAGCUAGUGGCACUAAGGCUGCCACAUGCACUGCGUGCCAAGAAGGUAAGUAUCUGAAGACGGCUACAGAUUCAGCCACCUCCUGCGUGACAGAAGAAGAGUGCACCGGCACCGAAGGGUUCUUCGUGAAAAAUGGCGGCACCAAAACCUGUGAGGCGUGUGAUCCUGGUUGCAAGACCUGUAAGACCGAGGCUGCGAAGUGCACCUCCUGUAAGGACGACAAGCCGUACCUGAAGAAGGAUAAUGGCAGCGACACUGGCACGUGCGUCACCGAAACUGAGUGCAAGAAUCAAAGCACCCACUACGCCGACGACACUGAGCCGAAGACGUGCAAGGCGUGCGCCGAGGGGACCUCCAAUGGAUGCGCGACGUGCGAGAAGGGCGCCGAUGGAGCAGUCGCCUGCAAGACGUGCGAAAACCAGAAGAAGGUCCAGCCAAACAAGAAGGGGUGCGUUGAAAGCUGCCCCUUGAACUCCAACGAGGAAAAGACCUCUGGCGUUUGUGAGUGCGUUGAGGGCUACGUUCCCGAGGAGGCCGGCACCGGGUGCAUGAAGAAGUCCGACCCCCCUGCGGCGCCGUGCAACACCCCCGGCUGCAAGACGUGCAGUGAGCCGAAGACAAGCAAGGAGGUGUGCACAGAGUGCGAGGGCACUAAGGCCCUCACGCCCACGGGCCAGUGCAUCGAUGCGUGCGGAGAUCUGGGAGGCUACUACGCGGGCACCAACGAGGGGGGCAAGAAGGCCUGCAAGAAGUGCGAGGUCGAGAACUGCCUCCUGUGCAACGGGCAAGGACAGUGCGAGACCUGCAAGGACGGAUACUACAAGAAAGAAACCGCCUGUGCCAAGUGCGAUACCUCGUGCAAGACGUGCGCGAACGGGAACUCCAACGGGUGUACGAGCUGUGAGCCUAAGAAGGCCCUCAGCUACGAAGGAGAGGGCAACACGGGGACGUGCAAACCAGGAUGCGAGCCAAAUGCUAACAACUGCGAGAAGUGCGAGCUGACGGUCGAUGGCACGGCCUACUGCUCCAAGUGCAAGGAAGCCGGCCAGUUUCCACAGAACGGAGUCUGCUCGGCGGCGGCCGGAAAGGCUAUUACGUGCACUACCAAAGGGACUGGUGUCUGUGACAAAUGCGCCAACGGGCUUCUUCGUAUGAACGGGGGCUGCUAUGAGACGACCAAGUUCCCCGGAAAGAGCGUCUGCUUAGCCGCAGCAGAAGCGAGCGAUGCCUGUCAGACUCCGGCCGACGGGUACAAGCUGAAUAACGGCGCGCUCAUCACUUGCUCGGCCGGAUGUAAGACGUGCACCAGCCAGGACCAGUGCGACACGUGUAAGGCUGGAUAUGCUAAGACUGGCGGUAACACUAAGAAGUGUGUUCCCUGCGCCACUGAGUGCUCCGAGUGCAAUGCGAACGACGCCACCAAGUGCACGGUGUGCGCUGCAGGGUACUACCCGUCCAAAGAAAAGUGUAUAGCAUGCGACAAGAGCGACGGGGGAUCCAUCACCGGCGUCGCCAACUGCGCUAGCUGCGCCCCUCCAUCGGCUGGUAGUGGCUCCGUUCUCUGCUACCUCAUGAACGGUGAAAGUACCGGGGGAAGCACGAAUAAGAGCGGCCUUUCUACCGGUGCCAUAGCAGGGAUCUCUGUCGCGGCGGUUGUCAUUGUGGCCGGCCUCGUCGGCUUCCUCUGCUGGUGGUUCAUCUGCAGAGGGAAGGCGUAG